AUGCUUGACGCGCGAGGAAUCUCGGGUGACAAGGCACGGAGGUGUGCCCCGGUACAACGUCGCUUGGCGUCGGCGUUGGGCUUCUUGGUGCCACAGGUGCUGUUUGCAUCACAUCAGCUGGACGCGUGGCGGUCUGACUUGUUCUGCAACGAGGCGGUGUGCCAGCAGUACUCCGUCACGCUGGGGGCAGGGCCUCUGUGGUGGUCCGAUGUCCCCCAUGCCGCACACAGUCUGUCGUCAGUCAGCACAGAGGGCAGCGGCGUGGGGAAACCAACAGGGCUCUCUGUGAGCAGUGCCGCCAAGAGCGUCGAUGAAGAUGAGUUGUGCCGCGCGGCACAGGCGGGUCGCUCCUUGCGCCUGUCCUUCAAGGUGCCCCUCACGGAGCACACCAGCGUGCAGUGGGAGACGGUGCUGUGGCAGCGCCGGCUCUACGUGCAGAUCCCGUCAGGGCUGCGUCCCGAGGGCUCCAAGGAGGGGUUUGUGUCGCUGCUGGAGUAUGCCGAGGAUGUUCUGAAGUGCAGCCACAUCAUCGUGUGCUUCAAGAAGGACCGCAAGGACAGAGGCUUGCUGGUGCGGACCUUCAUGUUCCUGGGCUUCUCGACUCUGGCCCCGGGACACGGCUUCAUCCCCAGCAACACGGACAGCGGCAACUUCUACAUGAUCUACGCCAUCGAGUAGUCGCCUGCCGGGACGCCACUUGCAUCGUCUCCCUUAUUACUAGCUAGUUUGUUGUGAACCUAUAUUCCUUGGUUGGUGGUGCUGUAAAUACUAGUGAUUGUUUUAAGCAUGGGUGUGAGUUAACAUAAGUAAUUUUGCAUGUAUUUGCUUGAUACUUGUAGGUUAGUUGUGUAAGCUUUUACUAUUGUUUUCGUUUAAUUUUAUUUGGACGUUGCAAGUGGCGUUGGAUCGCGUGAACAACUCAUCUUCUCAGUUAAUAACUUGUACCCCUCGAUUGUACCAGAAGGUUGGCAGGACUGGUCGGUGGGUCGCUCCUUCGACCGGGUCUGUCAGCCUCUGCCAUUUAUGCUGAAAGACUUCAUGCUUGAAAAAAUAAUUUAAAAUACCAUUCAUACGAAUGAUGAAAAAAAAUAAUAAAACUAUAAGAAAAUUUAAAAAAAAAACUUGAUUAUGUUUUUAAGGUGAACAAUUUUAUCAAUUUCAUUCCAUUGUGGUUUUUAUUUGUAGUGUUUUAGUGUUCAUAUAUAUUUUUUUCCAUUAUCUCAAAUUUCAAUACUUCAGUCACAUAUCUAGUUCAUAAGUCAUUAUUAAUUUCAUAUUUACAAGUUUUUUUUUAUGUAUUUUGUUUAGUGGAUUAUGUUAUAUCUUGGCCAUGUUGUAAGUACUUCAUGUAGUGUUAAGUUUUGAGGUAUAUUUUUUAUUUUACGGGAUGUACUGCAAGAAAUUGUGAAUUGUAAUGUAGAGUUGAGAAGAAAUAAAAGCUAGGUAUCAUUUAAGUUAA